GGAAAACAAACCCAAGACAGGAUACUUCCUCGCCCUGAAUCAGUUCACUAGUUUGCACCCACUGCUCACCGUCACCCGGCCGUACCUACUUUCAUAGUCCGCUUGCCAGUGUUUUUGCGCGCCGGCGAAUCUUUGCGCUGCGCCCCACAGGGACCGACUUGCUCCCAUCUCCGACCUUGUUUCUUGCUCUGAUUUGAAAUGGGGGGAGCGGACAGCAGCAGACACAACCGAGCAUCGACAGCAGCGCUUUGAACGGGCGAGCCGUCAUGCGUUAGUGCCAGACUGCACUUUGAGAGCGAGAAGAAGCAGCAAGCAGCAGCAGCGCACUCUGGGAAAACAUGAGCGGAGGAGAAAUCGUCUUUCAGGGCUGGCUGAGGAAAUCACCCCCGGAGAAAAAGCUGAGGAGAUAUCGGAAGGAGUCUGCAGUCUUUCAAUGAAGCUGUCAUGGAGGAGCGCUGCUUCUCUUCGCUCAGGGAGAGAUUUCUGUACAGGAAAUACGUUGGGAGGGAGUAAACACCUGCUAGCAGCCCCCCUUCUCCUUCCCCUCACAGCCGCUAAAAUGAACACCAACCACACACAACCACAUGUUUGCUUAAAAAGGCAGACUUUUCUCCUUGGUCUUUUUGAUCAACAGAAAACACCAGAUCAGGCGUCCAGCUGUUGACUGUUACUAUUGCAACACUUUUACCUCUGCACAGCAUGGAAGAAGCGCUGGUUUAUACUUCGGAGCGGCCGAAUGAGCGGUGACCCUGAUGUUCUCGAGUACUACAAGAACGACCACUCAAAGAAGCCUAUACGGGUCAUUGACCUGCACUGCUGUGAGCAGGUGGACGCUGGCCUGACCUUCAAGAGGAAGGAGUUUCAGGACAGCUUUGUUUUCGACAUCAAGACAUCAGAUCGCACUUUUUAUCUUGUCGCAGAGACAGAAGAGGAGAUGAACAAGUGGGUCCGCUCAAUCUGCCAGCUAUGUGGUUUUAACCAGUCGGAAGACACUCAUGAGAGUAGAUUACACCAUAUGCCUCGAUCUGUUGGAGCAGAUGUCACCGGUUCGAUGGCUCCUGUGAGUGGAGAACGGAAGUCGUCGGCACCCGUCCACUCCAGCCAGCCGGUGCUCUUCACCUUCGACGUGCCAGUGCGCCACUCACUCCACGGCUCCCUGUCCAACAGUGCUCCUCAGGACUACCUCCUCCUCCACCAGUGCAUGAGCAGGAAGACCGAGAGUGCACGGAGUGCCAGUUUCUCCCAAUCCACACGAAGCAAUAUGUUUCUCGGGAGUGACUCUCCUGUGCAGAAAGUUUCCUAUGGCUUUUCAAACUGUCUAAACGGCACGGGCACUCAGCUGCACGGAUUUUACAGCCUUCCCAAACCUGGAAAACAUCAGCUGUCCGUGCACGAUGAUUCCUCACAGGAGGCCUGUUACGUCCUUCCACGGGGUUACAGCUCUGAGGCUCCACCUUACAGCAGCCUCGGCAAUCCUGACUUUGAGAACGAAGAGGUGUAUACCUUCAAAACCCCCUGCAACACCCUCGCCAUGAUGCAUGGCAACGAGAGGUCACCGGACAAUUAUGACUUUCCCACCACACCUGGCUCCUUCUAUCAGAUUCCACGGACAUUUGACAAGAACCACAACUCCCUGACGCCCUCCAGCUCCGAAUCCUCCUGCGCUCCUCCACCUAGGCCCCCUAAACCUAACCAGGGGUCUGAGGGCAACUGGGGGAGUCCGCAGUCAGCUGGGAGUCAAAAUGGAGAAAUAACGUCUGCAGUGUCGACCCUCCCACGCAGGAACACUCUCCCUGCUGUUGAAAAUAUCAGGCUGCACAGAGGCUCCUCCUUUGAAAUCAACAACCAUCGCAUGUUCCACUUCAACAACAUAGGCCAGUCUGUGGAGUCUGUUAAUGAUGGUUUCAGCUCAUACCUGAGAAGCCAGACUCCUUUGACUCGCUCGGAUAGCGGUAAUUCAGAUGACAACUAUGUUCCCAUGAAUCCUGGCUCCUCGCCGCUCAGCGCUGCCCAAGCUGACAGUCCUAAGAAUGUCUACAUUCCUAUGAGUCCUGGACCGCAUCACUUUGAUUUUCCAGGGUUCUCUGCAACAUUACCUGCCCGAAAGGGAAGCAGUGCAUCCUUGUGUCACAAGCCCAGUCGUCUGAGUGAUGUUACACCUCCUCCCAUCAACCGCAACCUUAAACCUAACAGGAAAUCAAAGCCACCACCUAUUGAUUUAAAGAACAAUGGGAUCAUAGAUGAGCUUCCGUAUAAGAGCCCUGUCACCAUGUCCUGGACACGGCCUAUGCAUGAGAUGAACUCCUCCCACCACUGUCGACCCAUUUCCACGCAAAGCAUCACCAGCACAGACUCUGGAGACAGCGAGGAGAAUUAUGUGGCUAUGCAGAAUCCAGCAUCUACCUCCCCAGCCUUGAGUGGCACCAGCAGCCCAGCCCCUCGGAAGUCUGGGAACGUGGACUACUUGGCAUUGGAUUUCCAGCCCGGCUCACCCAGCCCACACAGAAAACCCUCCACAUCGUCUGUCACAUCUGAUGAGAAGGUGGACUACGUGCAAGUGGAUAAAGAAAAGACACAGGCGCUUCAAAACACAAUGCAGGAGUGGACUGACGUGCGGCAGUCAGCUGAACCUGUCAAGGGGGUCAAAUCCUGACACUGACUUGGAACAAAAAAACAAAGAACUAAAAUGCAUCGUUAAGUCAAGGAUCUCCAGGAUUACGCUUGGAUUUACUACCCUAAAUAGCAUUUUGGACUUGUUUAAGACUUUAAUUUUGGGGCAAAAAGCCAUAAUUAUCCUAUGCGUGUUCUCUCUGUGAUUACUACUGCAGUGCACUGCUAGCAUGCAGGAUAUCAAACCAUGCAGGUAAAAGAGAGCUGCCAAAGCUUCAAAUACAGACUAUUAGAGUGUAUAAAAAAUAUCAUACUCACUAUCACUCCAGUCUUCUUGAAUAUAUUAUAUAAUUAAACCUGUCCCACCAUUCCUCAGCAGAUAUCCAUUUUGGUUGCAUCCAGAUGGUAAUUUGCUCUGAGCAGCAGCACUGGCUAACUGGCCUAUAACUAUUUUAAUAUACUGUGACAGUACGUAUACAGGUCUCAGGAAUGACGAGAUGCUCUCCAAUUUGGGCACAAUUUCUCUUUUUUUCCACUUCAAUCUGUCAUUUGUGCUGAGUCUUGCAGUUGCAUCAGGAUGAAGAUUAUUUUCACUGCAGGCACUCAUUUCAUCUUAGAAGUCCAUGUCUAGCAGCAGGAAAGGGGAGACAGGAAUAUAGCCAUUCAAAUAUGCAAAGGACCCAUGUCAAGAUUGCCUAAUGAUAACUGCACGUGUGUUGCCUCAGUUUCAGUUAGGUAGGAAUCUAAACCGGAUUUAGAAGCUGUCAGGCUCAAGAUGGCAGUCCAAUUACUUUCAUGUUGCUACCAAGUUACUAGAUGAACAGUCACGAAAAUAAGACGAAGAAAAGAGUUGUUGUUUUUUUACCUCCUUUCACUUUAAAGGGCAUAUAUAAUCAUUUUUUUAGCUUUUCUUUUUCAAUGGUGUUGAGGCAUGUAGCUCACGUUAGUCAAAGUCAUUUCCAUGACCAAAAUCAAUUUGUAAGAAAGAAAACCAGCCAGCCGUGAACACAUCCAGGAGACUGAUGACAUCUACCAAACAAAUGUAGAUAUAGCAGAUUCUCCGGCUCAUAUUUAAAUUCAUUAAGUAAAAAUGUAUAUAGUAACAUAUCGAGUGACAAGGAGGUCAGGAGAAACGUUGCCUGAGAGCAGUAGAGCAGAGAGCUAACAAACCAGCACCAUAUAAAGAGAUUAAAAAAACUGUAUUUCAAAAGUCAAAAGUUAUGGCACUGGAUUCAGAUAGAUUCAAUAUCUUCUCUGGUUCUGACCAGCAUUGUUACUCAAAUGUUCUCAAGCAUGUAUUGGCACAUAGGCUAAUGUAGUGGUUGUGCCAGUCUCACUUCUCUCCCAAAAUCAGUCUGUUUUUUAGUUGUGAAGGUUUAACUGCACCACCUAGCUGGAAGGUAAAAAAAAUAAUAUACAAACAGACUGCAACUGUAAUCAAACAUUUUCUUUGUCAUUUUUCUUACAAAGAAAAAUCAAGUCACACCUUAAGCUAAUUAUUGAACAUAAACACACAAGAAGGUCAUCUGUAAAGUAUCCGUUUUGAUUUAGCCCAAUCUGUGGAAUUCAGAAGGCAGAUUGCACAGACAGGAUGCACACAAAAAGUAAAAACGGCUGUAAAAGAAAGCAUUAUCUUAGUUGAAGAUGUUUAUGCUUACAAACAACAGCUGUAGUUGCCUUGGUGGUCUAGGUAUUGACUCCCUGCUCAAGCCAUCUGUCAUGGCAAAGACAUGAACUGUGAUGUGUCCUCAUUCCUAAACUUUGGGUUGUCCCUUUCCUUAAAUCCAAGAUUCUGAAUAUUUCAGACUGAGGAAAAAAUCUGUGUUCUUCAUCUCUUGACUGCUAAGGAGCUCACCCAAAUUACCUGAGUAGAUUAUCUUGGUAGCAAAAGUGUUCACUUCAUUUGAACUUUUUUUAAAUGAAGAAAACAAUCUGCAUCCUAUUAACAACAGUAGUCAGUCACGGCAGACGGGUAAUCAUCCAUAUAUGGUACUCACUUCUCUCUUUUCAAGAGCGACCUGGCUACAAAGACUUUUAUCUUGUCAAAAAGUGCUAUUAAAAUUACUUCUCUGCUUUGAACAAUUGAAGGCCAAUUACAAAUUAUUUAUGAUUGUUAUUCGCACCAUUUAUUGGGUAUGCGGCUAUAAAAGGUGAAUUUGCCCUUUAAAGAAUUUUCAAAUAUAGUUUCAUGUAACUGUGUACUGACUCCGAAACCUUAGUAGACGGUAGUAAAAUAAAAGCAAAAAGUGCUGCUUUACAUAAGGUUAGUAGAUGAACAGUAGCAUUGGUCAAGCAUUCACUGCAUUGUUCUCAGGCUUAGCAUUUCCCGCACUACAUCUCUGAACGUUAAUUAUAUGUAAAUUAUUGACAUAAUGACAUAUUUAAGUGCAUCUUGCUGACUGUUUGAAAUUCGUUGCACUUGUCUGGUACAAGAAAAUGUGCUACAUUCAUUAAUUAACACAGGAACUCAUCAGUAAUGAUAUUUGCAUUAAAUAGAGAAGUGCAUUUGAAAUACUUAAGUGUUUCUCUAAUUUGCCUUAUAUUUUCUAUUUAGUUAAAAAUUUAGAUCCUGCUUUGGAGGAGUUUGAUUAUUAAUUUUGUUCAAACAAGGUCCACGUUGUAUUUAGAACAACUUAGUGAUCAGUUUCUAACUGAAAUGAUGUCCAGUAUUUCAUUGUGGGCUGGAACCACUUAAGAAUAGUACAGCCAUGCAGUGCUGGAAGGUGUUAUCGAUUAUUAUUUACUUCUAAUGUUUUUCUACACUUUUUACAUUUUUUCCAAAUCUUUUUAAUCAUUUUUAUUGUUAUCAAUUAAUGUAACCAAGUGUUAUAUAAAAACAGAGACGAUCAGGCUAAAUUUAGCAAAAAAUACAUUGUAGGUUGUAUGUAAUUCAGCUUUGAAUUCUCAGAUAGGCUUUUUAAGAACCACUCAUACAUUUGUAAUGGCUGGCUGUUGACACCAGGCUGAUAACCAUUCCCAGAUGAACUGUGAUUUACAAAGAGGGGAGAAAAGAUUGAAGAAAAGCUUGUCUACCUGUCAGUCUCUGAAGUGAACUGGAGGUGUAAUUUAUUAUCAGGAGAUACUCGCUACGUGCAGGGGAGCUGUGUACGUGUUGUGAUAGAUUGUAAGCUGAGUUAUAUUCAGUGACAGCUUGGCAGGCUGAGACUGAAAACAACACUCAGAUCUACCAUCAGACCAAUAACGUACCGUACUGAUAAAGGUCUUUUGUUUUAAACCACUGUUAUUGCUACUACUGUAAAGCAUUUCCAGACUGCUUGUGUGUUAACUUAUUAAUUUAUUGUGUGUGUUGCAUUUAAAAAUUGUAAAAAAAGAAAAAAAGAAGAAAAACGUGAGGAAAAUUUCUCUGUACUAACAAUGUAUAUCUUCACUUUUUUAUUUUUUGAAGAGUUUGAGAUGUUAUGCAAGUGUGAUUGCGUUGUGGUACAGUUAAUUUGGGAUACACAAGUAUACCUUGUGAUUCCAAUAUUAUGGUAGACUUAAACUGUGGAAAUAGAAUAAAUCAAGGAGUUAAACGCUG